GGGACCGAGUUGGUGCAGUUCGGGGACCAGAGCUUCUGCGUGCCGAUCGAACUGUAUGAUCUCAAAGACUUGAGCUUAAUUCUCUCUGUUAGUAGUUGGAAUGAAUUGUUGUCUGAAGAUGAAAGGUUUUACUUGUCCAAGUACCUCCCUGAUAUGGACCAAGAAACCUUGUCCAGAACCCUAGUGGAGCUUCUGUCGUCGAGGAAUUUCCACUUUGUUAGCCCUGUUCUUGAUUUCUUUGGUAAAUUGAAGGGCGGGGAGUUUGAACCGGGGGUUAGUGUUUACCGCCGGGGUUUGAGUGCCUUUAAGAAGAGAGAACAUUAUUAUCGGGUUCGGAAGUAUCAUAAUUCUAUGGUGAGUGGGCUUUUACGGAUUAAAGGUUCUUGGGAGAAAUGUGAGGGUUAUGGUGUUGAGGAGAGGCUUCGAGUUUUGAAUAUUAUGAGGAGUAGGAGCAGUUUUGGUGAUGAGGAUGGGGGGGAUUUGGAGCUGGAGAUGGAUUCAGGGGAUGAUCAUUUCUACUCUAAAAGGAUCAAACGUGAGACUGAAAAUCCAGAGAGCCGGUUUAUAGCAAAUGCUGAAGGGUUUGGAAAGUCUACGAACCAAAAGCUGGGUAUUGUUGGUCAUGAGAAGAGGCAGACGGAUUGUGUCUUUAGUGCAUCCAUGGUUGUUUCAUCAAAAGCAGAAAAGAAGCAGCAGCUCUUGAAAAGAUGUGACAAAUUUGACGAUGAGGAUUAUACUGGAUUGUCGGGUUUGACUGGUAAACAAAAACAUUCGAAUGGGGUUACUAUUGCUUCCUAUGCCCAUGAUCCCCAAUAUAAUCUGAAGAAGAGCAAGCAUUCUCGUGAGGACUGGAUGUCUCCGAAAAAAGUUCAAGCUCAGUAUCAUAUGAGGAUGGGAGCUCAGGUUGACUGGUCAGAUGCCAAUAGACCUACUCAGUAUCCUCUUAAAUUUGAUGGGACGAAUGUGAACGGCAAGAAAUGGAAGAUGCAAGAGGAGUUUGGUAGUUAUAAAAGUAGACAUGGUCGUAAUUCAGCAACGAGACCUUACAAAUUCAGUCCUGCAUAUAACAGCGGCGCCCAUCAGUACUUGGAUAAUAUGCCAAAUAUUUUGAAGAAGAAAAGCUUCAGAAGUAAAGUCGAUGACACUGAAAGUAUGGACAUGGAAUAUUCCAGGGGCAACACCAUGUUUGACCAAUUAGAGGAGACAGAGUCUGAUUCAUCAGAUCAGGAUGUGGAAGGUGAAGAUGCCAACCCUUGGGUUAAGAAAUUGGAGUGUCUAAAUGGUGGCAUGGGUCGUCGUCACUCUAAAGCCGAUAGAUCAGUAUAUGAUCCUAUGAAGGUUAAUAAACUUGCAAAACAUGGUGAAAAACUUUAUAAUGUCGCGCUUGAGAGCAGGACAGGUAUCCAUGCACCAGAAGUAGAAUCCUAUGUGAGACAUGGGAAGCAGAAGCCUUUCUUAAGGGAGAAAAGGCAGGAAAGUGCUAUUAAUCCUGUUCGAUCUCAGUUGAAAACGAGGUAUAGAGAUGACUAUAGUAAUGUUCAGGUGGAAGGAUUUCAUGAUGCUUCUAAUGUAACUUCCAACUUACACAACGGCCAUAUGAGGGCCGUUAACUCCAGGAACCAAACUCAGAUGGUUGAUGGCUGGACUGCCAAGGCUGAAUCAUAUAUGCCUCUGUUGGGAUGCAAGAGUGUGGCAAAGAAACGAACAGGAAAGGUAGAGGUGGACAUGUAUCAAGAUGAGCCGUAUGCAUCUCUCUACCAAGAUUUCAAUACAAACAAGAAUGUGAAUGACCUCAGUAUUAAGAAAAAGAAGAAGAUAGAUUCUGCAACUGGUUCCAAAACAGGUUUGUCGACUGAUGUUACCUCAGAGCUGGAUAUUUCAGGAAAAGAAAUUUUGGAAAUUGAGCUGGAGAUGCAGCCACAGCCACAGAAGAAGCCAUUUACUCUGAUCACUCCUACUAUCCACACAGGCUUCUCGUUCUCCAUCAUCCAUCUUCUUUCAGCUAUCCGGAAGGCAAUGAUCUCUUCUUCUGUGGAUGAUGUUACCGAUGGGCGCAGUCAUAUUUGGAAAGAUGAUGUGAAGAGGGAAGUUCAUAAUAACACAGUUGAGAGCACACCUCACUCUCAUAAGAACACAAAUGAAACUACUGCAGAACAUGAAGGGAAGAACUGUCUCCCUUCUCUUACAGUUCAAGAGAUUGCCAACCGUGUCAGGUCAAACCCAGGAGAUCCUUGUAUCCUUGAAACCCAAGAACCACUUCAGGAUUUAAUCAGAGGAGUUUUGAAGAUAUUCUCAUCAAAGACAGCACCAUUAGGGGCAAAAGGUUGGAAGGCAUUGGUGUCAUAUGAGAAGUCAAAUAAAGGUUGGUCUUGGGUUGGUCCUGUUUCAUCUAGCCCAUCUGAUAGUGAUAAUACAGAAGAGGAAACUUCACCUGAGGCUUGGGGUAUUCCAUACAAGAUACUUGUGAAUCUGGUCAAUUCCUUCGCUAAUUGGCUGAAAAGUAGUCAAGAAACACUUCAGCAAAUUGGAAAUCUUCCAGCACCACCCGUUAGCUCUCUGGUCAACUUGGAUGAGAAGGAAAGAUUCAGGGACUUAAAAACUCAAAAGAAUCCACACACCAUCAACCCGAGCUCUGAUGAACAAAAGGCAUAUUUUCGUAAAGAAGAGUAUUUAAGAUACUCAAUUCCGGAUAGGGCUUUCUCCUACACAGCAGCUGAUGGUAAAAAAUCUAGUGUUGCUCCUAUGAGAAGAGGUGCUGGAAAACCGACAUCAAAAGCUCGAGAUCAUUAUAUUCUUAAGCCUGGUCGGCCACCACAUGUUACUAUUCUUUGUCUUGUUAGAGAUGCAGCUGCUAGGUUGCCUGGAAGUAUCGGAACCAGAGCAGAUGUUUGUACUUUGAUAAGGGAUUCUCAGUAUAUUGUUGAAGAUGUCAAUGAUGCACAAGUUAACCAAGUUGUCAGUGGGGCGCUUGAUAGGUUGCACUAUGAGGUUGAUCCUUGUAUACACUUUGACGGUGACAGAAAGUUGUGGGUCUAUCUACAUAGAGACAGGGAGGAGGAAGAUUUUGAUGAUGAUGGUACCUCAUCCACGAAGAACUGGAAAAGGCCAAGGAAAGAUGCUACGGAACAUCCUGACAUGGACGCUGCAAAUGAUCCUGGGAAUGAAAAUCCAUCUGAUAUUUGUCUGUCUGCUGGAUUUGAUCUUAAUUCUGAUGUUAAUAUUGAUUCAUCACAGCCUCCAUCCAUUUAAUAGAAAAGUUGUAGUAGCAUAUAGAGAUUUGGACCAUUCCGGAGAGUGACUUGGGAGAUCAAGUUCCGUAUUCCUUGAAGAAUCUGUAGCUGACAAAACUACAUGCUAGAAAGCUGAUGACGGUGUUUUUCUUAUUGUGCCAUUCAGAAGAGAGGCCAUUUGGACUUGAACGCAAGUUCACUGUGAAGAAUGGUUGAUCAGAGGAUGUAAUCUGUGGUAAUUUAUUGUGCAAUCAUUCAAGACAGAAUAUUAAGGCAUGGAUGGGAAGCUGGAGUUGAGGAGUAGGUACAUUCUUUUCCUUUGGUUCACAGAACGACUUUUAUCUGUAACGGUUGUACUUUGCUUCUUGUGCAUCAUCCUUUCUGCGUGUUAUCGUUAUUGCGGUCAGCAGGCGUAGCACAAAGCUAUUCCUGUAAAUGUGAAGAAGCUACUUGAUGCAUGAAAGAAAAUUCUUGGGAUAGCUGGAAUUUGUUCAAAAUGUUCUGCUUUCGAUCCUUCGCUUGCCUUCAUCUCUCCUCCCCUUUUGCAUUCUAAAGCUUGCAGCUCUGUGGUGUUUUUGUUUCUAAGGAGCACGAGUACUGUUGGCUCGACUUUAUUAGACUGUUCUACUUCACUUGGAAUUUUGGAGUCUCUUGAGUGUACAAAUUACAGCUCUUAUUCAUUCUUAACCUUUUCUUCUUCUUCUGGUUGUACCGCA